UUUUGGACUUUCAGUGACAGGCAGACUGGUUAAUGUAGUCAAAGAGAAAAGGCCAGAGUGGCAUAAUAAAGCAGCAAGGCCCCAAACGUUGAUUCAAAAGAUGAGUAAUCGUCAGCUUCUUGUGAACGUGGAGAAUUGGAUAGCGGAGAACCAGAAUGCUUUCCUGCCACCAGUGUGCAACAAGCUCAUUUCUGGGGACUGGGGUUCAAAUCCUGGUCCCGCCUGUGUGGAGUUUGCAUAUUCUCCCCGUGCCUGGGUGGGUUUUCUCCGGGCACUCCGGUUUCCUCCCACAUCCCAAAAACAUGCGUGGCACUUUUCCCAGUUAAUCAUUAUGUUUGUUGGAGGGCCAAACACCAGGAAGGAUUAUCAUAUAGAAGAAGGGGAGGAGCUUUUCUACCAGGUGAAGGGUGACAUGUGUCUGAAGGUGAUUGAAAAUGGCAAGAGCAAGGAUGUGCACAUCAAGGAGGGAGAGAUGUUUCUCCUGCCUGCUCGGAUCCCCCACUCCCCUCAGAGACAGGCCAACACUGUGGGACUGGUGGUAGAGAGGAAACGGCUGCUGACUGAGACUGACUGCCUCAGGUACUAUGUUGACAACACAACUGACAUCUUGUUUGAGAGAUGGUUCUACUGCGAAAAUCUCGGAACCCAAUUGGUGCCGAUAAUCCAAGAGUUCACGGCAUCAACACAGUGCAAGACAGGAAAACCUGAUCCGAGUGAAGUCUUCGGGGAGCCUCCAUUCCAGAUGAACAACAUGAACGUGAUGUUGCCCUUCUGCUUGAAGUCCUGGCUGGAAAAACAAAAGCCAUUCCUCGCCAGUGGCAGCAGCAUUAACAUGUUUGGAGCUCAGUUUGAGACAGAGGUGACCAUGUAUGGACCUGGUUUGUCUGACACAUCCUUGCAACAAAGUGAUCUCUGGAUUUGGCAACUGGAGGGAUCGUCCCGAGUAACCAUGAAUGAACAGGAGUUGAAUCUAUCUGCUGGAGACAGUCUACUCAUUCCUGAGCACACCCAGUACCAGUGGAAGCGAAAUGAGGAGACUGUAGCACUGGUUGUGGUUCAAAACCCCGAGCGUAAAAGACCCUGAUCAGACCUGCCAGCAACACUCAACAUGGAAAAUUUUAACACAAAAGUCUUUCAGUCAUAUAAUUAAUGACAAUAAUAGAAAAUACAGUUGCAAAAAAAAAUACAUAAACUCCCUGGAAUUAGCUGGAUUUCUGCAUACGUUGGUCAUAAAAUGUGAUCUGAGCUUCAUCUGUUAAAUCUUAACAAUGGCAAUAGACAAACAUAGUUUGAUUAAACUCAUACCACACUAAUAAUGA